CCAAAAUGCACCUGCUCCACAUAACCUUCCUACUCUCCCUCUCCCUCUCCUCCCUAACCUUAGCCUCUGGUACCUGCACCAGCACCAACACCCUCUCAUGGCCUCCUGUGGGCAACUGCGCCAUUCCCGGCAAAUUCGACACUAUCGUGCAGAACUGCAGAGCUUGCUGCAUGAACAAUGCCAAUUGCUUCCAGACAUGCUUGAAAGCAGGCGGGCUUCGCAGACGCGGUGCCAUCGGCGAGCAAUCCUUUGGUAUUAGCAGGGAUACGGGGGAGUUGAGAAGCCGUGCGGUUGCGCUGAGUUGUGAGGUUAAUGAGGGUUGUUAUAAGUAUACGGAUGGGGGCUUGUUGUGUUUGAAUUUGGGGACGGGACUUUAUCACGACGACGUUGGAGGGAACGGUGACUACUACUCUGGGAACUACACAGGUCCGGACGGGAAAGUGCAGACUGGAACAUCGACCGCUACGGCUACAAGUAGCAGCAGGUCAUCUUCUGUUACGUCUCAAGGGACUAAGUCGACAGCACCAGUUCAGGCCACAUCGGCAGGAGCUGCAAGCGCAUCUGCAAGCUCUGCUGCGGCUUCUGCGAUAUCCCCAGGCGGUGGUGACGGGUUUCGCCGUGGUGCAAAUGUUGGACUUAUUUACAACGCGAUGAUUGUCUAUGGGAAACAAGAGUUCAGAUCUGUCUUCGACACAAACUGCGGAACAGAGUUCAUCUCAUGGAGUCAAUGGCGCACAAGAGCGAGGACAGCCGCGGCACGCACUGUCCUUACAGACCCCAGGAAUGCAUCCCUCAAGGAAGGAAUUCGCGUAGUAAACGGGCGUAUCCAAUUUGCUCGCGACCACAUCAAUCGACUCAUCCAGUCAGUAAAAGCUAUGUACAUGGACCUUGGUGUAUCGAAAGGCGAUCUGAUACGGCUUCUUCACCAAACUCUUGACGCGAAUGAUCCCAGCAACGAAGGGCAUGUUCACAUCCGCCUGGCUGUCAGUCGCGGUCUCAAGUCCACUCCGUACCAAAACCCCAAGGUCAACAUCGGUCUGCCAGUAAUCGUCAUCAUUCCAGAAGUUAAAACAGUUGAUCCCUCUUCAAAAUCUAGGGGCCUGCAACUCGGAACUACCUGA